AUGAACAGCAAUAAAAUUUUUGACACACUAAAAAAAAAAAAUGAACAACACAAUGAUAAUAAGAAUAACGAAGGGGUAAAUGAGAGUGUAGGAGAAAAAAUAGAAAUAAUAAAUAUUGAUGAAAAGAUUUUUCAGCAAACAAAUAUAAUGCAAGAACAAAAUGAUGAACAUGCUGAAAUUAAAGAAGAUAUAAUGUAUGAAAAUAUAAAAUCUUUUAAAAAUAUGGACAUUAAAACGUUUAUUCAACAAACUUUGGAUUAUUAUAGUUCAAACCAACUUAAUAAAAAUGAUAAUUUUUUAGAACAAAAUGGAUAUAAUAAUAUAAAUACCAAAAGUGAUGACACCACUAAUGAAGUAGAAAAUAAAUAUUCCUCUGAAAUUUAUAAAAAUAAUGAACAAAGUAAUAAAGAAAAUAAUUAUAAAAAUGAAAAAAAAAAUAUAUACGAUGAUAUGACACCUGCACAAAGGUUUUAUGAAGAAAAUAAAGACAAACUAAUGAAAGAAUGCAUGAAAUAUUAUAACGAAAGAAAUGAAAAAAUAAAUAAAAAUAAUGAAAAUAUAGAAAAUCCAAAUAUAUAUUAUGAUGAAACAUAUGGAAAUGAUUAUUAUAAUUCCAUAAGAGAUCCUAUUGUAAGACCCAAGGAUAAUUAUUUAUUUGACUAUGAAAAUGAGGAAGAAAACGGAGAGGAUAAUGAAGAUUUAGAAUUGGAAAAAGGAAUAAUGCCAACAAUAGAACAAGUUGUAUGUAUUUUAAAACAUGAAAAAGUAAAAAAUAUUAAAGUUAUAGAUUUAAAUAAAUGCGGAAGAAGAGAUAUUGGUAUGUUUUUAAUUUUAUGUACAGGCAAUACAGCUAAACAUAAUAAAAAAGUUGGAAAACUAAUUAGUAAAAUUUUUAUAGAUUUAGAAAUACCAUAUAUUUCAAAUAUAAUAUAUUGUUAUUGUAAUAAAUCAGAUGAUUGGAUUAUUUCUCAUUGUGGUCCUUUAAAAAUACAUAUAGUAACAAAAGAAUUAAGAGAUAGAUAUGAUAUUGAAAAUUUAUUUCUUUACCCUCAUGAACAUUUUGAUAAUAAAAAUUUCCCUUCCUUUUUCGAUUACACUCCUGGCAUUCCUCCUCCAUAUAUUGUCCGAAGUAACAGCACAUUGGGUUCGUACCAUAAUGACAAUCUUUAUCAAAAAUUCAUUGCCGAUGUUUGA